AAAAUCCCACCACACGCCAAUCAUAGUUGCACAUUUCCCCUCUUGAGAGAAGCCACAGGUUCCCUCUCAUUACUGACAGAUAUCUCAUCCUCAAUCUCAAGGUCUCAACUAAUCUCAACGUCUGAGAUCAUUUGCCACUGCCAACGAAUCCACAAUGUCAGCAUUUUCUCAAUUCUUCAAAGGAUCACACCCAAACUUCCCGCUCAUAAUCAGUACCUCGGUUGCAACCACACUCGCCGUGAUCACACUCGCAAAGCUCGCCCUUCAAUCUCCACCCAAACCCAAGCUAAUACUGAGUCCGCGGGAGACUCUGCUCCCAAGGCUCACAGAAGAAGAACAAAGUCUGCUCUCUUACCCGCCCGACCUUUUCCCUGGAGCAAGGGACGUAUCCAGCCCCUAUGGUACAAUCCGCGUCUAUGAAUGGGGUCCCGAAGAUGGGAGGAAAGUGCUCAUGCUCCACGGAAUUAGCACUCCAUGUGUCUCACUUGGAAAACUUGCCCAUGCCCUAGUAAAACUGGGCUGUCGAGUCUUACUCUUUGAUCUUUUUGGACGCGGCUACAGCGACAGUCCCGCUGAUUUACCUCUCGAUUCCCGGCUGUACAGCACUGAAAUUUUGAUUGCUAUCACCUCGUCACCUAUUCCAUGGACACCAGAAGGUUUCAGUAUCGUCGGCUACUCGCUCGGUGGUGGGAUAGCUGUUGACUUCACUGUUUCCUUUCCAUCGAUGGUGAAAAGUCUCAUCCUGCUCGCACCAGCUGGUCUUAUCAGACCCUCUCAUUUCGGCUGGAUAAGCAGAUUCAUGUACUCGGACAACGUCCCAGACUGGCUGCUAGAAUGGGCUGUCGAGAGAAGACUACGUGGUGGUCCCAUCCGACCCCAGGUCGCGAAGACAGGAGAUGAGGACCAUCCUACCACAGGGGCGGAGGUUAAGGGGAACCGGAAUCCAGAGUAUGAAGCUGUGGUCUUGGUAGAGGGGCGCCCGGAUCUCACGAUAGCGGCGAGCGUGAAGUGGCAACUGGACUUUCACAACGGUUUUGUAAAGAGCUUUUGUAAUUCUAUCAAACAUAGCUCGAUUGAGAGGAGGCAGGAGAGCUGGAGGAUGUUGGGGGAGAGGGAGGAUCAGGUGUUGAUUGUUGCGGGGAGGACGGAUCCGGUGAUUGUGGCGAACGAGCUGAUGGUUGAUGUGUUUAAGGUUGUGGGGAAGGAGAAAGUGAGGUGGCGGGUGGUUGAUAGUGCUCAUGAGUUUCCGGUUACGAAGGUGGAGGAGGUGGUUGAUGAGAUUAGAUCGUUUUGGGGAAUAUAGAAUAGAUAUAGAGGG